AUGCGCGGUGAUGAUCCCGCCAUAUUUGGGUUACUAUCUAUACACGUGAUUAUCAAUGUUGAAAUGGACAUCGCGGGGGUUUCACUCCGUGACGAAGACUCUUACCCAAAUAUUCCCGAUAUCGAGUUACCGAAUCAGACCGAACACUUGUCUCGAAUUGCAGUUGAUAUUGGUGGAUCUUUGAUUAAAGUGGUAUACUUUUCGCGUGAAUCCAUAUCAACUUCCAAAGGCGGUGGACUGAAAUUUGUAAAGUUUGAGACGGAAAAUAUUGAUGAAUCUAUCGACUUUAUUGCUAAUUUGCUGACUACUAGUAGACAGCAAAAGUCCGUGAUCAAAACUACUGGUGGAGGAUCGCACAAAUAUCAUGACGUCUUUGAGCAGAAACUUAAGAAUGUGACUAUCGAGAAGGAGGACGAGAUGGACUGCCUUAUUGCGGGGUUGAAUUUCCUGAUUGCUGAAAUUCCGUACGAGACGUUUACGUAUACAAAGACAAAUCAGAUGUGUUUUGAAGAGAGGUCUAAUACCAGGUUUCCAUACAUGCUUGUCAACAUUGGUUCUGGUGUAAGCAUUCUAAAAGUAUCAGCGCCAAAUGAAUUUGAGCGCAUAUCUGGAACCUCGCUGGGUGGUGGCACUCUAUGGGGCUUAUUGUCUUUACUAACUGGCGCAAAAUCAUAUGACGAAAUGUUGGAAAUGUGCAAGGAUGGGGAUAAUAAAAAUGUGGACAUGCUGGUUGGAGAUAUUUACGGCACAGACUACAAUAGGAUUGGUCUUGACGCUACAAUGAUAGCUUCAUCAGUUGGGAAAGCGUUUAAAAAGAAUUCCCGAGAGAGUGUUAGCCUCAGCGACUUUAGACCAGAAGAUAUUUCUCGAUCUUUACUAUUGAUGAUCAGUAAUAACAUAGGUCAAAUUGCAUUUUUGAAUGCGAAAGCACAUAACCUAAACCGAAUAUAUUUCGGAGGUUACUUCAUAAGGGGACACACUAUUACAAUGAGCACAUUGUCAGUCGCAUUGGAUUUCUGGUCAAGUGGCACCAUGAAAGCAUUCUUCUUGCGACAUGAAGGAUACUUGGGAGCUCUUGGUGCGUUCCUCAAAUCUGAGGAGAUCAACUAA